GUAUGAUAUAACGUAAAACAAACUUGAUUAUUGAUCGAGAGAAUAGUCAUAGUAAGAACGAUCAAUAAGGAGGCCAGUACAGGUGUAGUCAGAAGAAGUAUGGCAGGCGUUCUACUUCGAAGUCUUCAUAAUUUGGAAAGUUCGACAACCGAACCUACUGCCAAGUGGACUGUUCCUUUGAGUGAUGGAAAUCACGUAGUGGAAUUUGAACAUGGUACAGCAACAGGCCGACGUAUAGUAAAAAUUGACGGCAAUGAAAUAGUCCACAGAGAUUGGAUGUUUUGUCUAGUCGGUGACGAAGUUUUUAUGUUCAAUAACAUUAAAUUCGUAAUUAGAGUCGAUCCGAUGCCAGGUCUGAAAUAUUCUUACUCAUUGUGGGUGAAUGGGAAAAGUUACAAUCAGUUUGUUCAGUCGCAAACAAAGAUAUUGGAGACUUGGUUGGCCAAAGUUGGAAACGAGGAAUAUAGAAUCGUGUUAGACAAACAAGCUCACAGUGUUUGGGUGAAUGGACAAGAGGUGGAAGUUGAGAACGAAUUCAUAGACGGUGGUGCAGAGAUUUUUUUCUCCGUUGGAAACUUACAGGCCGUGAUCAGAUCUUAUAGUUCAGAACAAAAAGAAAUUGGUAUAACGUACUCUCUAUACAUUGAUAAUGUUGAAAUACCGCAAGAAGUUUUAAUGGAAGAGCAAUCCUAAUUAAAAUAUAAUAUGUCUCGAGCUAUCUAUAAGUAGAUUUUUAUAUUUAACAUUAAUUGAUAAGUAUAUCAUCGUUGCUCAUAAAUUAUAUGUAUCAUUAAAUAAUGUCCACAAAUAUGACAUAUUUUUACAUUCUUCUGAAAUGUGACAUAUUCAAUUUGGUCAAUAUCAAUGUUCCAUGCAAUUUUGCGUACAUUUUUAAAACUAUGAUAAAUGUAAUAAAAUUAUUGAGCACACACAUAAUAUGAUGUGAAUUUAAUUACUUUGUAUUUAAAAAUACACUUGUUGAGAAUUACUUGAAAAUAGCUGGAAAAAAUGUAUAUCCUUGUUCGUGUGACGUAUAAAAAUUGUAAAAUAAUUAUAUAGAUACACAUGUUUGUACAUUAUAUGGGUGUAAUAUUACAUAUUCUCUGUAGUGCAAAAUUAUAAGUAGUUUGCUAAAAAAUACUAAAUUUGGAAAAUAGAAAUGUCUCAACGACAACGA